CGGUGCUGCAGGGGCAGCCCAGAGUUGUGGUUCCCACGGGCUCUUGAGCAGGCGCCAGUGCUGAGCUCAGAGUUUCCAUGCAGAGCAGCUCGUUCACACGCCAGAGGGCGAGAGAGCAUGGCCCUGGCCCCGAGGGUCUUCCAGAGCAGGGCUGUGGGACCACAGGGGUCCUAGAGAGCCACUACUACCUGCCCCACACUGGGACCCACAUCUCCCACCCAGAGGACCUGGCUAGAAGGUGGAAGGGCAGGAGCAGCCCUCUCCUCACUUGUCUCUGCAUGUCUCUCUGAAGAGGCUGUGCCAGCCUGCUGAACAUCACAGCUCCCCGGGGACCAGCUGGGGUGGAGCACAGCAAGAGGGAUGAGGCGGGGUACAGUUCCCAGCCAGGGUGGGUGGGACCACCGGACCCAGACACAGCUCAGAGCUGGUCCCAUACCCGCAGAGCCGUGGCACAGAGCAGCCGAGUCCCCUGGAGAGCCAGCGACCACUGUGGGCAUCCUGCCCCUGCCCUGUAUUCACGGGGUGUAAUGGCACCAGGCAGAAGGGAUGCGUGCCGUGGGCGGGGGGCAGUGGGAACGUGUGCCACAGCCCAGGUUGCCCUCUGCAAGGCCACGGCCGGACACCGGCAGCUGGUGCUGCAGCUUGGGGGGAGCAGUGACAGCCCUCAGCUGCGUGAGGAGCGACGCAGGAGGAGCGCAGAGGCCUGUGAGCUCAGCAUGGGGCUGCAGCGGCUGCUGCUAGAGGGGCUGCGACAGGCCCCAGUGAGCCCCCCGGAGCAGCAGGAGCUGGAGCGGCUGUGGGUGCUCUUCCUCUCCGCCCUGGAGCUCUUCCUGCAGGACCUGUACAGAGCCCAGCACCUCUGCCAGCUCUUCUCUGUGAAAGGGGGUGGUAUUGCCCCACUGCACACUGGGCUGGGGGGCUGGGGGCUGCCCAGUCGGCGAGGAGGGGGUCCCACACAGCCCCCACCCACCCAGUGCUUAGAGGAGGAGAUCGAGCAGGUGAGAGCCACGCUGGCAGAGAUGGAGAGCGGAGCCAACAUUCCACCAUGGACAGUGGAAGCCACAGAGACCACACAGCCAGCAGAGACAAGCGGCACCACAGAGAGAGCAGCCCGGGGAGGCCCCUGUGCUGGGCACUGCUGUGGGGUGCUGUGAGCUAGGGGGCCAGGAGAUAGCAGCAGAGGUGACACCCCUGUCACAGAGCAGGGGACAGAGGGGCCCUAUGUACACCUACAGUCCUCAACCCCUGCCUUUGCAGGUGAUGGUGGGGGCUGCUCCCACCCUGCAGAAGGAAUGGGACCACUCCAGGCCUCCAAAUAUUGAUAAAGCUCCUGUUACCCCACAGAGAUCAGUGCCCCUUCCACCCUCCCUGCCCACACUCGCAUAGGGGCCUCUGGACACUCAGGGUGUGCCAGGGCUGCCAUAGAAUCCCCUACAGAAGUUAUAA